AUGGCGACCACCGCGUCCAGCCUCCUCAAGUCCUCCUUCGCGGGCGCCCGGCUCCCGUUGGCCACGCGCACGCCAUCGUCGUCCGUCGUCGUGGCCACCCGGCGCGCAGCCAGCGGCCCCAUCUGCGCGUCGUCCAUCUCCUCCUCCAACCCGCCCUACGACCUGACGUCCUUCCGGUUCAGCCCGAUCAAGGAGUCCGUCGUCUCCCGCGAGAUGACCCGGCGGUACAUGACGGACAUGAUCACCUACGCCGACACCGACGUCGUCAUCGUGGGCGCCGGCUCCGCGGGGCUCUCCUGCGCGUACGAGCUCUCCAAGGACCCCACCGUGAGCAUCGCCAUCGUGGAGCAGUCGGUGUCCCCGGGCGGCGGCGCGUGGCUGGGCGGGCAGCUGUUCUCGGCCAUGGUGGUGCGGAAGCCGGCGCACCUGUUCCUGGACGAGCUGGGCGUCGCGUACGACGAGGCCGAGGACUACGUGGUGAUCAAGCACGCCGCGCUCUUCACGUCCACCGUCAUGAGCCGCCUCCUGGCGCGGCCCAACGUGAAGCUGUUCAACGCCGUCGCCGUGGAGGACCUGAUCGUGAAGAAAGGCCGCGUCGGCGGCGUCGUCACCAACUGGGCGCUCGUGUCAAUGAACCACGACACGCAGUCGUGCAUGGACCCCAACGUGAUGGAGGCCAAGGUGGUGGUCAGCUCCUGCGGCCACGACGGGCCGUUCGGGGCCACCGGCGUCAAGAGGCUCCAGGACAUCGGCAUGAUCAGCGACGUGCCCGGGAUGAAGGCCCUCGACAUGAACACCGCCGAGGACGAGAUCGUGCGCCUCACGCGCGAGGUCGUGCCCGGCAUGAUCGUCACCGGCAUGGAGGUCGCCGAGAUUGACGGCGCACCGAGGAUGGGCCCGACGUUCGGCGCCAUGAUGAUCUCCGGGCAGAAGGCGGCGCACCUGGCACUGCAGGCGCUGGGCAGGCCCAACGCCGUGGACGGGACCAUCAAGGUGGUGCCGCCGGCGUUGCGUCAGGAGUUCGUGAUUGCGUCCAAGGACGAUGAGGUCGUGGACGCGUGA